UUCUCAGCAUUUGAGAUGCCUGUGUGAGUGACAAGCUUUGACUCAUGAUCCCCACGGCGACUCCACAGGGUAGGGAUGGAUCAUCACUAGCCUCACUUUAUGGAUGAAGCAGCGGGGGCCGCGCACUCACUAACUGGGUCAAAGCCUCAGAGCAGGCGGCGGCAGAACCAGGAUGCAAAUCCAGGGAGCCUGGCUCUGGAAUUAUCACAUGGCCCUGGGAGUGUCAGAAGUCCCCGCGCUCAGAGGGAGUGCCUGUCCAUUCACGUGGGCCAAGCUGGCAUCCAGAUUGGGGAUGCUUGCUGGGAACUGUAUUGCCUGGAACACGGAAUCCAUCCAGAUGGUUUUAUUCUUGACAAUAGAAAGGAUCAGUUGGAAAUUGCUAAAACAGAGCAUAUGGAUACCUCUUUCAAUACCUUCUUUUGCGAGACAAGAGCUGGGAAGCAUGUGCCCAGAGCACUCUUCAUUGACCUAGAGCCAACUGUUAUAGAUGGGAUUCGAACAGGCAAGCACCGCUCUCUCUUUCACCCAGAGCAGCUUGUUAGCGGGAAGGAGGAUGCUGCAAACAACUAUGCCCGAGGACACUACUCUCUGGGGCCAGAGAUCAUCAACCUUGUGCUAGAGAGAAUCCGAAAGCUGGCAAAACAGUGCAGUGGACUACAGGGAUUUUUGAUUUUCCGAAGCCUUGGAGGAGGCACUGGAUCAGGAUUUACAUCUCUCUUAAUGGAGCAUCUCUCGAUACAAUAUGGCAGGAAGACUAAAUUGGAGUUCUCUGUCUAUCCAGCCCCCAGGAUCUCCACUGCUGUAGUAGAACCUUACAACUCCAUCCUUACCACCCAUUUCACAUUAGAGCACUCGGACUGUACCUUCAUGGUGGACAAUGAGGCCCUCUAUGACAUAUGCCAUCAUAAACUUGGUGUUGAACGCCCCUCUUACACCAUCAUUAAUAGGCUGAUAGGUCAGGCAGUAUCUUCCAUUACUGCUUCCCUCAGGUUUGAAGGGCCCUUGAAUGUGGACCUAAAUGAAUUCCAGACCAACCUAGUACCUUAUCCGAGAAUUCAUUUCCCUAUGACAGCCUUUGCCCCCAUCAUUUCUGCUGACAAUGCCUACCACAAGGACUUCUCUGUGGCAGAUAUCACCACUGCUUGCUUUGAGGUCUCCAACCAGCUGGUUAAGUGUGAUCCUCGACUGGGGAAGUACAUGGCCUGCUGCCUACUCUAUAGAGGGGAUGUGGUCCCUAAGGAUGUCAACGCAGCAAUUGCAGCCAUGAAGUCAAGGAACUCUGUUCAGUUUGUAGAUUGGUGUCCAACUGGUUUCAAGGUGGGCAUCAACAGUCAACCACCCAUGACGAUGCCCGGGGGGGAAAUGGCCAAGGUCCAGCAGGCUGUCUGCAUGCUGAGCAACACCACAGCAGUUGUAGAGGCCUGGGCCCGCUUGAAUCACAAGUUUGAUCUCAUGUAUGCCAAGAAGGCAUUUCUACAUUGGUACAUCAGAGAAGGCAUGGAAGAAGAGGAGUUUUCAGAGGCCAGGAAAGACCUGGCAUGUCUGGAGAAGGAUUAUGAGGAGGUGGGGCAAAGUUUCUGAGGUAUAUGUGAUGGUGAAAAUAAUGUUAAAUGCCAUGCUUACUUUAUAAGACAUUUUACAGUUGGUGGGUAGAGUUGCUUUGAUUAGAAGAAGAAAGAAAUCGAAUGAAGCAAGAACAUAAGUUCCACACUAAAUUAAAUCAGCCAAUAUUAACAAUGAGAACAUCUUUUCUUGUCUGUUAGCAUAAUUCAGCACUGCUACCUGUGGACCUUCUAAGCUUUGGAGUCCUUUCUGGGUCGUGUCAUUUGUGUGUUUGUAUGUGUGUUUUGUCAGAGUGGAAGCCUGGCUAUAUAUUUUUUGCUUUUUAACCAUGACACUAUGAAGCACCAAAGUUAAUGCUUUCCCUAUCCUAUACCUGAGGUGAAAAACAGAAAAAUAUUGAUUAUUAAUGUUAUCCAUGUCUAUAUUUUGUACUUUGAUUAAAUUAUGAACAUUUUCAGUAUAAUUCUUUUUCUUCCAAAUGUGGCCUUAAAGUCUCAGUUUGCUUUUUAUACAAACAAACAAACAGGAAUAUUCUUGGGUCUUUCAUAAAUUUGAAUCUGUGUGUCCUGUUGGUCAGAGGGUGAAAGUGAUCUCUUUUCCAUUUUCCUUCCUUGAGGAGGUAUUCUCAAAGUGUGGCUGCAGAACCCUGCACAGAACCAUUCCACAAGUUUAGAAAAAAAAGGCAAAUUCUUGACCAGCACUGCAGACUUGCUAAAUGAGAAGCCCUGGGGAUUGGAGGGGAUGUGACUUGAGGAUUUGAAGUUUAAAAAAAAAAAGACUUAAUAGAAUUAAUUUUUGGUAUUUUAAACAGUGUUACUGUUUAGUAGUAACCCAUUUUCAAAUGAGUAUUAAUUUAAAAUGGACAAAAUAGCUAUAAAUGCAUUAAAAUCACUAGCUGGAUUUUUAGAAGCCAUGUUGUAUAGCCUAAUAGUUAGAAUUAAGGUGAACUAGAUACUGCAAAGAUUUUCCCUCAGUCUUAGUCUUCGUCCUGUCUUGGCAUAACCAUACUUCCACCUGGCAUCAUUUUCCUUCUGACAAAAUAACUCUGUUUACUCUUUAAAUGUGUAUCUAGGGUUGAGAGGGUAUAUUUGCCCUUUCUUCCUCAGAGAGUGAGAUCACCUGAGCUAAUGAUUGAAAUAACUCUGAGGAGUAUAAGCACUAAUUAAAUGUGAUCUUGAGGCAGGGUCUGUCUUAUUCAUCUGAGUCUCUACAGUGACAGGUAUAGAGUCAGUACUCAAUAAUUAUUAGAUUGAAAAACACCAGGAGAUCACCUUAUAUCCUACUUCAUAUAAAUCACAUCUAUUUGACUUUAACUUUUUAUGUUCCUCUUUGAUCUCCCCUUAAAAAUUACUUUGAAUCUUCACAUAUCCUCUUAUCCCAGAGGAAAGACUUCUUCUUUCCAAGGUCACUUAUGAUUUGUGUACCUUCUCCCCUUGACUGCUCUAGGAGACCUUGUUUCUUCAACCCCCUGCAUAGUCUGUCUCUCUCCAUUGACUUUUUUUCUUCUUUCUACUUGUAUGUCGAGGUCUCCUCAUUCCAACAUUCAACACUCUUUUCUGGAUUCUAUUACUUUUAAAAUUUACUGUCACAUGUUUGCACUCUAUCAAACUUUUCAAAGAAAUAUACAUUUGAUGCGUAUACCUCAUCUUCUGCUCACUCCUUAGCCUUUGUGAUUUAGUGAACUCCCAUUAUUCUACUGAAACUAUUGUUUUGAAGAUCAUUGAUCAUACUAGAUUUAUCAAAACAAUGACUUUAUCAGUUUCAGAUUUCUUGAGUUUAAGCAUUUGGUAAUUUUUGUUCCUUGAAACUUUUCCUUUGCCUCCUGUAGCACUACUUGGUUCUCCUCCUCAGAUUCCUUUUUUCCAUUGUCUGUCCCUAAUGGAGAUACCCUUGGUCCUUUUCCCUGGUCUUUAUUUUAUUCACAAUCAUAUCAAGUCUAUAUGGAUGACUGAGAAACUCUAUGUUUCCAUUCUCUCUUGAGUUUUUUUGUUUUGUU